GGUUGAUUUAAGGGUCGGUUCACACACCGCGGUUCUCUCCGGACUCGGACUUCUGCAGAUCCGUAUUCACCUCCCGCUCCGGCAACAUGCUGCCCGCCGCUCUCCGCCUCUCCGCCGCCGGUGUCCGGAGUUUAGCGCGGCUCCGCUCUCCCCAUUCAGCUCUGGCAGCUACUCGGUGCUACUCCCACGCUAAAGUAGAGACAGAUGAAGAGUUUGAUGCUCGCUGGGUGACUUACUUCAGCAAGCCUGACCUUGAUGCCUGGGAGCUGAGGAAAGGCAUGAACACUCUGAUUGGGUAUGACCUGGUUCCUGAGCCCAAGAUUCUGGACUCUGCUCUGAGAGCAUGCAGAAGGUUGAAUGACUUGGCCAGCGCAAUCCGCAUUCUAGAGGCAGUUAAGGACAAAUCAGGACCUCAUAAAGAGAUCUACCCCUACCUGAUCCAGGAGCUUCGCCCCACCCUAUCAGAGCUGGGUAUCUCCACUCCAGAGGAGCUGGGGAUCUCUAAGGCAUAAACGUCCUCAUUCUGGAAAUAAUUCCCGGCAUCUCUGACGAGGGUGUUUUUGAAAGCACUUACAUCUCUGCCUUUGUUCUUUACUGUCUGAUGUUCAUAAAGCCCUGUACUGUCCUGUCAUGUAUACAGUUAUGGACCUAAUAAACAGAGCAAUAUCUGA